AUGACAACGACAGAUUUCUAGCAUCGUCAGAGGGCAAACGGUCCGCUUGCUCCGCUCCCAAAAUACAGACGAGCGCUCUGCAGAAUAAUACCGCGUUGCACACAUUAUUACCGGGGACACGGUUCAUGUGGGAAGGCCGAGGAGGGAGACGCCGUGUCAGCGCGUGAACAACAUGGCUCUCUUUGAGCAUCCCCGGCUGCUGCUCGCCUGCGCGGCGCUGCUGGCCGCGGGUCGACGCGGCGACGCCCGCUCUUUGCCCAUCACGGAUCUGAAAUCCAAAAUAUCGGGCGUCGGGGAGCUCUUGGAGCAAUUCCGCAAGCUGCAGCAGGACCAGCCGCAUCGGGCGGCCGACGCGAUGGAUUCGUGCGUGGGCGACUUCAACGCCGUCGGAGAGCGCAUCAUCCGGACCAAGGCCUCCAUCGAGCAAGGGGCCACGUUCCUGUUGUCCCCGGACAGGGUGUACACCUGGAGGGACUGUGUGCACGCCUGCUGCUCGCAGCCCCACUGCACCGUGGCGGUGGUUCAGCAGGACCCGAGGCAUCCCGGGGACAGCCUCAGCUGCUACCUGUUCAACUGCACCUACCGGGGCAACAACGUCUGCAGCUUCGCCCCGCAGCAGGGCUUCGCCACGUACAGCCGGACGCCCAACACCACGCAGGGACAACUCCCCGUCUCAACCGGCGGUCCGGGGCCCGGGGAAGGACGUCCCCACGAGGAGGCUGCACAAGUUGCAGAUGUGGAUGAGCCUCCUCGCAGUGACGCUGGACAGGAUGUGGUGAUCCAGCUGCCCACAGACUGGGCCGUCCUGGAUGGACGGGACAGCCUGGACGACCGUGGGAUCGACCACUACGAAUGGACUCUCGUCAAGGGGGACCCGGCCGUCAAAAUGAAGGCCACUCAUCCAGGGCUGCUGAAGAUCAGCGGACUCCAGGAGGGAGUCUACACCUUCCACAUGACGGUCACUGACACAUCGGGCCAGAAAAGCUCUGACAACGUCUCUGUUACCGUGCUGGCACCAAAACACCAAGCAGAAGUGUGUACAGGUCUCUGUUCAAAGUACCAGUUCAAAUGUGAUGACGGAUGCUGUAUUGACAUCACGUACGCCUGUGACGGGAAGCAGCAGUGUCCAGACCGCUCUGAUGAAAUAUUCUGCCCAAUCUUUGACAGCAACAGGAAGUCAGUGACGCACCCUGUCGAUCGGCUUGGAGCCCAGCCAGAGGAGGCAGAGGAUGUCUCCAUGCUCCAGACUGAGCCCAGAAAGACCACUGUGAACAUCCUACCACCUCAGGACAGGAGCAAGGCCACUCUUCCCCAAAGUCCCGGUCAACAGGAGGCUUCAGCCAGUCAAGAUCCAUGUGCUGCGGCUCCGGUUGUCGGACCCUGUAAAGGCACCUUCCCACGCUGGUACUAUGACCAAAAGGCGGGGGCAUGCAAACACUUUCUGUAUGGCGGUUGCCAGGGCAACCAUAACAACUUCCUCCAGGAAACUGACUGUGUCAGUGAAUGUAUACAAAAAAGUCCAGCUUUCAAACCAGCAACUAUGGCUCCUCCAAUCACCAAACAAACUGAGAUAGCUGCCCCAAAAGUACCCCAGAGCCAGGCAGAGAGCAAUGUUCCUGUCCCCAAACCACUUCCAGUGAUAGGAGGGCAUCCGAUACCACAGCCAGGUGCCAUCCUUCCUCUGGCUCUCGGCCUGAUCAUCACUGCUCUGCUGCUGCUCCUGAUUGGCUGUCGUCUCAGACUUGUUGGACACAAGCUGAAGAAAACGCGACCGCUCACCAUAGAGGAGUCAGAUUACCUCAUCAACGGCAUGUACCUGUAGCCAAUCAGCCAGGGGUGGAUAUCUGAGAAAGAGAAACAUGGGUGUCGUCCCCAGAGCCUGAGACAGAACUUUUUGAAUGUGCACGCUGUGUUUCUUGCAGCCCACUGCCUGCAAUUUGUCCUCAUGUCAGGCUACAAACACCCCAACCCUUUGCUGUCAUGAACGUGUCUGAAAGUCCCCACACUGAACCCCCUGACUGGUAAACCCGCUGCCUUUUAAAGCCAUCAACACACAUUUAGAUGCUUGUUAAUUCAGAAUUUAUGGUGUGUGAUUUUGAAUCCAUGAUGGAUGAAUCGACAUUUGAUACUGAAAUACGUCUGUCUACCUUAACCCAAUGACUUCUGGGAUAGGUACAGUAAAAGACACUAUUUUGUCCCCUUUAUUAAAAUUCCUGAAACGCAGGUUAACAUAUCAAACAUUAUUUGCACGAAGUGCUGCACAAACAUAUGCUGUAUUCUUUCGCCACUGGGUGGCACUAAUGCGGCAUGCUGUGCUGCAUUUUACUUGAGUUAACUUAAAUAUAACACAUCGGAGUGCCUGUUAUAGAGCACUUUUUUUGACUGAUUAGGAAUCAGCAACAAAUUAUUUUAUUAUUAAGUUUCUCAGAAUCAUAUAAAGCCAUAGAAAAUUAUGUUGGUCUAAAUUGUGUCGCAUAUAAUUUUGUUAUUAACCAAACUUAAGUGGCGUACGACUCUAUUUGUGCACAUGUAUUCCCUCAAAGUGCUGUCUUAUGUGUGAGAUAUUAAAGUGUAUUUAAAAACAAA